AACCACUUUCGCCAGCCUCCAUUGCCUCCCACUUCUCUGCGUUCUAAGACCAAAACCCUAGACUUGCAUCCUUCUUCAAAUCUCUUCCAAUCUCUCGCCCUCGAUUCUUGUUGCAUUCCCUUUUCAAGGUUUGAGAGAUGUCGGAUGAUGAAGCCAAUAAGGAGGAGAAGGAGCUUGAUCUUUCUUCCCCUGAUGUCGUCACCAAAUACAAGAGCGCUGCAGAUAUCGUUAACAAGGCUCUUCAGUUUGUAGUGUCACAGUGCAAGACUGGAGUCAAGGUCGUCGACCUCUGCGAGAAAGGCGAUGUCUUCAUCCGAGACCAAGCUGGAAGUGUGUACAAGAAUGUGAAGAAGAAGAUUGAGAGGGGCGUUGCCUUCCCGACAUGCAUCUCUGUUAACAAUGUCGUCUGCCACUUCUCGCCGCUUGCUACUGAUGAGACGGUCUUGGUGGAGAAUGAUAUUGUGAAGAUUGACAUGGGGUGUCAUAUUGAUGGGUUCAUCGCUGUGGUGGCUCACACUCAUGCCAUCCAUGAAGGGCCGGUUACUGGGAGGGCUGCGGAUGUGAUUGCAGCUGCAAACACUGCAGCGGAAGUCGCAUUGAGGCUUGUCAGGCCUGGAAAGCAUAACAAGGAUGUCACUGAAGCUAUUCAGAAGGUUGCUGCUGCUUAUGACUGUAAAAUUGUUGAGGGGGUGCUCAGCCACCAACUCAAGCAGUUUGUUAUUGAUGGUAAUAAAGUCGUACUUAGUGUAGCCAGUCCAGAGACUAGAGUUGAUGAAGCAGAAUUCGAGGAAAAUGAAGUUUAUGCAAUUGAUAUAGUCACCAGCACUGGUGAAGGAAAGCCAAGGCUUUUGGAUGAGCGCCAAACUACUAUAUAUAAAAGAGCAGUGGAUAAAAAUUAUCACCUGAAAAUGAAGUCCUCAAGAUUUAUCUUUAGUGAAAUAAGCCAGAAAUUUCCAAUCAUGCCAUUUACCGCAAGGGCAUUGGAAGAGAAGCGAGCCCGUCUCGGGCUAGUGGAGUGUGUGAAUCAUGAUCUAUUACAGCCAUAUCCAGUUUUACAUGAAAAGCCAGGGGACCUCGUUGCCCACAUUAAGUUCACUGUUUUGUUGAUGCCAAAUGGAUCAGACAGGAUUACUUCUCAUUCUUUACAACAGUUGCAGUCUACUAAGACCGUCGAUGAUGAUGCUGAAAUAAAGGCAUGGUUAGCUUUGGGAACCAAGACAAAGAAGAAAGGGGGAGGAAAGAAGAAAAAGGGUAAGAAAGCUGAUGCACAAGAGGAUCAAGUUGAGGCAGUUCCAAUGGAUGAAGCAUGAUGAAAUUUUGUGAUCUGUGAAUGCUUGAUCAAUUUGCUUGUCUUUUGCUUAAUUUGUUGCGAAAUGACACAGUUAAUAUUUUUAUAUUUUUUUUGUUAUGCGAAAAGUUGUGUAUUGAGAAUGAGCAAUGCCCUUUGACCAGUAUGACAUAACCUGCUGUUUUUCUUCCA